AUGCAGGGUGGGUCGCCUCUCUCGGCUGUACAUACACCUCCCCCUGCACUCCGCUCCCGCGUUUCUUCCGUUUUCUCUCUGGAUUCGCGCCGGUUUCGACGCCCGCCGCCUGCCGCUCUCUUCGUUCUUCUCCUUGUUCCUUUCUGCCUCUCGCCGAGCUCGUUUGCUCCCCCUCUUCGCUGUCUGUCCCCUGUUUCCGACCUCGGAACAGACGCUCCGAGUGCCCCGUCUGCGACACCCGCCGCGGCGUGUUCAGGUGUAGCUACAGCGCAGCGGACCGCGUUCGAGACAGAAGACGCGUCCCGCGGCCCGGAGGACUCCUUCAUUUUCAUUCCCGACGACGUCGACGACGACUUUGACUUUUCUGAGUUUCUCCCUGAAAGCGAUCUCAGAACAGACGAGACGCGCACACCAGACGCGCGAGUCCUCAACAGUCUCACGGACGCGUCCUUCUUCGCCGGGUCUUCCUUGACACCCUGGAAACAAGCUCUUCUCCUUCUCCCCGCCGUCCUGCUGCUUUUUCUCGGCGUCGCCUGGCACUUUUACGGCGCAAGCAUCACGGCCUUCUACGCGCGCCACCCAGCACUCGCCUAG